AUGAAUCCGAUUGAUUCAUACUUGCCAAAAGGCAAAUUAUUCUAUUCUUAUGAUGAAUUUACCGAAUGGUGUAAUAAACUGAAAGCUAAUGAACAUCCAACCAAAUUGUCAAGUUUUGAUAUUAAAACUAUUACUGCUGCUAAAUUAAAAAGAUUUAUGGAUCCAGCUUUACAUUUUUAUAAAUUCCAUAAAAAAUGUAAAUUUUUUGGUGAAUUUAUAUCAAAACGAACCACUAACCGUAAAACAACAUCGAAGAAGGUUAAUUGUCCAUUCUUUUUUUAUUUUCGAAUAAAUGAACAAGGGAAUGCUUUGGAACUAAUUGAUUGUCACUGGUCGCAUAAUCACCCACCUCAUGUAUUACCGAUUGCUGAUAAGCCAAAUGACAUUGCUCAGGCUACUGAAAUGCCAAUACCUGAAACUACUGAGGAAAAUCCAACAAACGAAAUCAAUUCCGACAGACAAAUAUAUCUUCAUAUACUUAAUGAGAUUGAAAAUUAUCCAUUUUUGUUAGAGAAUGAUACUAUAAUUUUUGAUGAUGCUGUCGAAUCAAUUAAUGAACUUGUACCAAUUGUUGAUGAAGCUAUUGGGAAAUCCGGUCAUAUAAUAGCUCACAGGCCUCGUAUCAAUGCCGACAAUAAAGAACCUAGAUCACUUGCAACUGAAAAUAUCAAUGAAGAAGCUGAAAAACCUGGGGUGAGAAAACUUCACGAAACAUCUAAAGAAGAGCAUAUUGUAAAUAAAACAGCUGAAGGAUCUGGUGAUGAAUUUCCCAACAAAGCUGUAGGUUUUGCUACAAUUGUUGAGACUAGAAAUCAAGGAUUUGAUGACAAAAACCGUGAAGAAGUAGCUGAAGUUCUUGGAAUUAUUGUAGAGAACAGUAAUGGAGCAUCUAACAUUGAAAACCUCGAUAAAAUAGACAGAAGCCUUGAAGCUAUUGUUGAUACAACAGCUGAAGGGUCUGGCGGUGAAAUUCCCAGAGAAGAAGCUGGAGGUUUUGAUACAAUUGUUGAGACUAGAGAUCGAGGAUUUGGUGAUGGAAACCGUGAUGGAGUAGCUGAAGUUCUUGGAAUUAUUGUCGAGAGCAGUAAUGGAGGAUCUAACAUUGAAAACUUCGAUAAAAUAGACAGAAGCCUUGAAGCUUUUGUUGGUACAUCAGCUGAAGGGUCUGGUGGUGAAAUUCCCAGAGAAGAAGCUGGAGGUUUUGAUGUAGUUACUGAGAGUGCAGAUCGAGAACCUGGUGAAAAUCCUAAAAAAGCAACUGAAGAUUUUGAAGCUACUGCUGAAAUUAGAGAUGACAGAUUUAUUGUUAAAAUGUCUACAGAAACUGCCAGGAAAUUUGAUUCUAAUGAAGUUAAAAAACUUCAUUAGAAUGAAAGCAAACAACUCUUGGGAUUCAAAAACUGUAGAUAUUUCUACAAUUCAAAUUAGUCAAAAAAAAACCUAGAGGCCGCCCAAAAGGGAAAGUUUUGACAGCCAUCGGGUUACCUGUUAAAAGGGUUCUUAAAAAAAACACCACUGAUCAUGACAACUCUACUCUAAAUUCAUUUAUUAAUUUAAGCGUUAAAAAUCAAAUUAAAAAAAUUCUUGGUUGGGUUAUUAGAACUCAUGAUAUCAUUGACAAGGUCAUAAAUAAAUAUCAAAAAAUUACAAUUACUGAUAUACGUGAAAAGUUACCAGAUUCCCUUCUGGACGAUGAAGUUAACUUUCAUUGUGUUUACGAGUAUUUUGAAAAAGCUGCUAUCCACAAAUUGAAGCAAACUAUAAAUAAAAAAAAAACGUUUGAAAUUAUAUAUAUG